AUGCCUUUCAACAACGCAUUUGAUUUGUAUAGCCAACCCAAAACCACUACUCCUGCGAGCAGAAAGAAGGAAAGCAGGCGGCAUCCUGGGGAAAGCAGCAGCAAUCCCUCAAAGAAAAGGGCUAGGAAUGAGGAUCCUCCUACACCCGUUCCUUCCAAAGAAACUAGUCCUCCACCAGCUCCCAUUGACCAGACUCCUCCACUAGCUCCCAUCGACCAGACUCCUCCACUAGCUCCCAUCGACCAGACUCCUCCACCAACUCCCGUCGACCCAACUCCUCCAGAUCAGUCAGGAAAUACUCAAGGAGAGGCUAUCGGGGUUCUAACCCUGAGCACUGGAUGGCUCCGCUCGGAGGCGAUGGCUGCAGAAUAUUCUAAAGAGACUAAACCUAUUGAGGAGAGACUUGGUGAGCAGCUCAAAGUGGUCGAGGCCAAACACGCCGAGCAGCUCAAGGCAGCCAAGGAGAAAAAUGUCGAACAGCUAAGAGCUGCUUAG